AUGGAGCCCACGACCAUCCAGUUCGCCGAUCAGUACUUGGAGGCGGGCGGCGUGCCGUUCAACAUCAUGAAUCUGCUCAUAUCCAGCUACGAAGGCACGGCUGCAAUGGCCAACAUGGUAGAUCGCGAUAUCAUGGGUGCAUACGGGGCAGAGGGCAAAACAGCCAUCCUCGAGACGGUCAGCCGCAAGAUUGUAGAGGCGUUUGAUACAGCCAAGGCGGACGCCGAAUAUGAGCAGACGCAGCAGCUGCCGGGAUACAUCGAGGAUAUGAUCCCACAUCAAAUUUGGCGCAAAACCAUCUACCGGCUCAGCGAGAAGCAUCCGAAGAGUGCAAUGGUCAGCGCGGCGCUCCAACGCAUCGCCGAUGAGGGGUACCAGGCCGAGAUGACGUCGUUGAACUCGGCAACGCUGCACACUCACGUUUUUUAUCCCAUGCUCGUCGAGUGCCUCGAGAAACUCGCCUCUGCCGACGAUGGAAACAUCAAGGAGCACAUGGACGAGCUGAUCAAAACAGCCUGUCGCAGCGAGCACACGUACUUUAUCGCGCAGUAUGUGCUGGCGCAGGUGCGCCAGAAGCUGGGUGCCGCUGCCGAGCCCGUCAAGCGGAUUGAAAACGAGCUGGAGACAUUUAUGCUCAACGAGUACAACCGGCCACAGCUCGCAGUGCAUUUUAGACUUCUUCUCGAAGGCCUUCUUUUAAAUGGCGACGACCGAGUGGCAGGCGCGGUAACUUCCAUUAUCCAGGCCUCAUACGCGUCGCCAGGCGACGUGAUGAUCCUGUACAAAAUGUACCACGGGGCAUUUGUUAGUAGGGCGGAGCCACCGCCGCUGCAUGUCCUGCGCAGCGAUCGCGUACUGGUUCCGAUCAUCAACCAGACGUUUGGCCAUCUCUGGAGCAUUACAGCGCAGAACGAUCGCGCGGAUCUCAUGGACAAGCACAUGUGGCUGAUUGCCUGCGCGACGCUGUGCACGGACGACAAUUACAAACAGAUCGGUGAGGUGCAGCUGAAUAGCCUUGUCGCCCAUAUGAAGACAUUGCGCGAGACGCUGCCCGUGCGCCCCAUCCAGACCACCUUUUGCCGCAACAUCCGCAGGAUCCUCGAGUGGAUUGAUACACCCGUCCUGGCGCGUGUCAUUGUUUUAUGGAUUAAGGAUAUUCUGACAUACGACAACUACGCCUACUUUAGCACUUACUUUGACGGCAAUGAGGCCCCUGUCCCACUGGUGAUGCUAGAGGAGAUUGCACACCGUCACCCACUGCUCAAGCCUCUUGUGUUCGAUGUCUACAAGGACACCUUUGAGUCCAAGGUGCCCAGCUUUAUGCUUGAAAAGCAAAUCAGACUGCAAAAGGUGGCGAUUCGGCAUAUGUGUGUGCUGGCCAAGCUCAACUUUGCAGUGCCCGUUAUUCGGUACUUUAGUCAAAAGGCCGAGGUAAUUGAUGAGAGCACGUUGGUCUACUUUAUCCAGCGCAUGUUGUUGCAAUUUGAGCCCCCGUAUCCCGAGGAGUUUGCUGCACCAAUGGUGCUUCUUAUCGAGUGUGUCAUUAAUGCCAUCAAGACUGCCAGGGAGGCGGAUCGGGCUGUUAUCCGCAACUUCCUUGCCAGCGUGGAUACCACUCUUGCGCGGAAUCUCCAACAAAUGAUUCCUGAGGGGUCUGGGUCUCCGACCGAUAUUGCAAUCUGA